GUAAUCAUUAAUACGGUACCUGGCAGAGCUAAGUCAAAAUUUGAAGUUUUCUAUGAGGUGAUAAUCAUUCUAGGAGUACAAUUGGAAGGAUCCAGUCUCAUUCUUCCCAUUCAGAGUCAAAUUUUGUAAGCGUGAUGUUGUUCUUGUUGGGCUAACUAAGCUUUAUGGAUGACACAUGCUACUCUUGGAGUCAAAAUCAUUUAUCCUCAUUCCAGUGUCUUUUCUCUGCACUCAUUCUUUGAUGUGAUAUGGAGCACGUGGGAGAAGCUAUUUGUCAUUUUAACAAAUUAGGAAAAUUCAUCUAUCUCGAGGUUUGACACCUUAUGAGAAAAAGAAGUAUGUCUGGAAAAUGCUUUACAUAUAUAUGCUUGGCUAUGAUGUGGACUUUGGCCACAUGGAAGCUGUUUCCUUGUUAUCUGCGCCAAAGUAUCCUGAGAAGCAGGUUGGAUACAUAGUUACAUCGUGUUUGCUCAAUGAGAAUCAUGACUUCUUACGACUGGCAAUUAAUGUUGUUCGGAAUGAUAUCAUUGGUCGAAAUGAAACUUUUCAGUGCCUUGCAUUGACUCUGGUUGGAAAUAUUGGCGGGCGUGAAUUUGCAGAGUCACUAGCUCCUGAUGUUCAAAAAUUACUUCUCUCUAGUAGUUGUAGGCCACUUGUGAGGAAGAAAGCUGCACUAUGUCUCCUACGACUUUUUCGGAAAAAUCCUGAUGUUGUAAAUGUAGAUGGCUGGUCGGAUCGGAUGGCGCAGCUGUUGGAUGAACGUGAUUUGGGUGUCUUAACAUCUUCUAUGAGCCUUUUAGUUGCAUUGGUGGCGAAUAAUCAUGAUACCUACUGGAGUUGUCUUCCAAAGUGUGUUAAAAUUCUGGAAAGGUUGGCUAGGAACCAAGAUAUUCCCCAAGAAUAUACUUAUUAUGGCAUCCCGUCUCCCUGGCUUCAGGUUAAAACAAUGAGAGCUUUGCAAUAUUUCCCUACAAUUGAAGACCCCAACACCAGAAGGGUAUUGUUUGAGGUUUUACAACGGAUAUUGAUGGGAACGGAUGUCGUGAAAAAUGUGAACAAGAACAAUGCAUCACAUGCAGUGCUUUUUGAAGCCCUGGCACUUGUCAUGCAUCUUGAUGCUGAAAAAGAAAUGAUGUCCCAAUGUGUGGCAUUGCUUGGGAAAUUUAUAGCUGUCCGUGAGCCAAAUAUUCGAUAUCUUGGAUUGGAGAAUAUGACCCGGAUGUUAAUGGUCACAGAUGUUCAGGAGAUUAUCAAACGACAUCAAGCUCAGAUCAUAACAUCAUUAAAAGAUCCUGAUAUAAGUAUCCGGAGACGUGCUCUUGAUUUGCUGUAUGGCAUGUGUGAUGUUUCCAAUGCAAAGGACAUAGUUGAAGAAUUGUUGCAGUAUCUCAGUUCAGCAGACUUUGCAAUGCGUGAAGAAUUGUCACUGAAAAUUGCAAUUUUAUCUGAGAAAUUUGCUCCCGAUUUAUCAUGGUAUGUGGAUGUCAUCCUUCAAUUGAUUGACAAGGCAGGGGAUUUUGUCAGUGAUGACAUUUGGUUUCGUGUUGUGCAGUUUGUUACCAACAAUGAUGAUCUACAGCCUUAUGCGGCGUUGAAAGCAAGAGAGUAUCUUGAUAAGCCUGCUGUCCAUGAAACUAUGGUGAAGGUGAGUGCAUACAUCCUUGGAGAGUACAGCCAUCUUCUAGCCAGACGGCCUGGAUGUGGUCCAAAGGAAAUUUUUAGCCUUUUGCAUGAGAAGCUUCCUACUGUUUCGACUGCAACAAUAUCAAUCCUGCUUUCAACCUAUGCUAAGAUUUUGAUGCAUACCCAGCCUCCUGACCCGGAGCUACAGUCACAGAUUUGGGUUAUAUUCAACAAAUAUGGGAGCUGUAUUGAUGUUGAGUUGCAACAGCGGGCUGUUGAGUACUUUGAAUUGAGUAAGAAAGGUGCUGCUUUGAUGGAUAUAUUAGCUGAAAUGCCAAAGUUCCCUGAGCGACAGUCUGCUUUGAUUAAAAAAGCUGAAAAUUCUGAGGCUGACACUGCUGAACAAAGUGCAAUAAAGUUGCGUGCGCAGCAGCAGAACUCUACUGCUUUGGUGGUUACUGACCAGCGUCCAGCCAAUGGAACUCCACCUGUUGGCGAGCUUAGUCUUGUAAAGGUUCCAUCAUCGAGCUACAUGGGUGGUGAAUCUCCAGAUCCAGUCGUGACUGAAGCUAAUGGAACUCUUGCCAUAGUUGAUCCACAGCCGAGUGCUGCUGAUGCACAGCCUAGUGCUGCUCCUAAACAGCCUGUUGCUGCUCCUCCACAGCCUGUUGCUGCUUCUUCACCUGACCUCCUAGUUGAUCUUUUGGAUACACUUGCUAUAGAAGGCCCACCUGGAGCUCCUAUUGAAUCUCAGCACACUAUGGCCUCUGGUUUGGCUGGUGCUUCAAAUAUGGAGGAUGCGUUGGCCCUUGCUCCGGUAGAGGAACAGAUCAACACUGUUCAGCCAAUUGGCAGCAUAGCUGAAAGGUUUCAUGCCUUAUGUUUGAAGGAUAGCGGCGUGCUGUACGAGGAUCCUUAUAUUCAGAUUGGCAUCAAAGCAGAAUGGAGACCCCCUCAUGGACGACUAGUGCUUUUCCUUGGGAACAAAAAUACCUCGCCACUUGUUUCAGUACACGCCCUUAUCUUACCUCCAGCACACUUAAGGCUGGAACUGUCUCUAGUACCAGAGACUAUACCCCCGCGUGCACAGGUGCAAUGUCCACUUGAAGUGGUCAAUAUCCGGCCCAGUAGAGAUGUAGCUGUUCUGGACUUCUCAUACAAUUUUGCAGGUCAUGUGGUUAAUGUAAAACUUCGCCUUCCUGCUCUCUUGAAUAAGUUCCUUCAGCCUUUACAAGUGUCUGCUGAAGAGUUCUUCCCACAAUGGAGAUCUCUUUCUGGACCACCAUUGAAACUUCAAGAAGUGAUUAGAGGAGUGAGACCAAUGGCACUUGGGGAAAUGGCCAAUUUGUUUAACAGUUACAAGUUGAUGGUUUGUCCCGGACUUGAUCCUAAUCCCAACAAUCUGGUCGCUAGCUCUACGUUCUAUUCUGAGAGCACAAGGGCUAUGCUUUGUCUGUUGAGAAUAGAAACAGAUCCAGCAGAUAGAACUCAACUUCGAAUGACAGUUGCCUCUGGGGAUCCUGCACUAACUUUUGAGUUGAAGGAGUUUGUCAAAGAACAACUAAUCAGCAUUCCCCUAGCCACUCGACCUCCUAUGCCAGUGGCUCCACAAACUCAGCCUACCAGUGUACCACCUCCAGCUACAUCGGAUCCUGCCGCCUUACUUGCUGGCUUACUUUGA